CUUCCAUGUCUCUUAGUUCAUUUUCCAAACCAUAGACAACCAGACACACCUAUUUCAGUUGGCUUUGAUUGUUUUUGAAGCUAACAAAGCUCUCUCUUCACUGUGGUUUGGGUUUCUGGAGCUUUUCUUCAAUGGCUCUCUACUUGUUGUUCGAGUCAUCUUCAGGGUACGCGCUGUUCCAGGCUCACGGGCUCGAUGAAAUCGGUCAAAAUACAGAGGCCGUCAGGAACUCCGUUUCUGAUCUGAACCGGUUCGGCAAAGUGGUCCAACUAACUGCGUUUCAGCCUUUUGAGUCAGCUCUCGAUGGUCUCAAUCAAUGCAAUUCUGUUUCCGAAGGACUAAUGACUGAUGAGUUGAGGAGUUUCUUGGAGCUGAAUCUCCCAAAAGUGAAGGAAGGCAAGAAGCCAAAGUUCAGCUUGGGAGUUGCAGAGCCUAAGCUUGGUUCCCACAUCUCUGAGACAACUAAAAUUCCAUGUCAGAGUGGAGAGUUUGUUCUUGAGCUUCUUCGUGGCGUGCGGUUGCAUUUCGAUAAGUUUAUCAAGGACCUAAAGUCUGGGGACUUAGAGAAAGCUCAGCUUGGUUUGGCUCACAGUUACAGUAGAGCGAAGGUAAAGUUCAAUGUCAAUCGAGUUGACAAUAUGGUUAUUCAAGCAAUUUUCCUUCUUGAUACUCUUGACAAGGAUAUCAAUUCCUUUUCCAUGAGAGUGAGGGAGUGGUACUCUUGGCAUUUCCCCGAGUUGGUAAAGAUUGUCAAUGAUAAUUAUCUGUAUUCUAGAGUUGCAAAGCUUAUAGAGGACAAGUCAAAGUUGUCUGAAGAACAUGUCCCUGCCUUAACUGAGAUACUCGGGGAUGAGGACAAAGCAAAAGAAAUUGUAGAAGCUGGCAAAGCUUCAAUGGGACAGGAUUUGACCCCAGUUGAUUUGAUUAAUGUUCAGCUUUUUGCUCAGAGGGUAAUGGAUCUUGCCGAGUACAGAAAGAAUCUUUAUGACUAUCUUGUGACUAAGAUGAAUGACAUUGCACCAAAUUUAGCAUCAUUGAUCGGGGAAGUUGUUGGGGCCCGUUUGAUAUCUCAUGCCGGUAGUCUCACGAAUUUGGCUAAGUGCCCCUCUUCCACUCUCCAGAUUCUUGGUGCAGAGAAGGCCCUUUUCAGGGCACUAAAAACACGUGGAAACACACCCAAGUAUGGUCUAAUUUUCCAUUCUUCUUUCAUUGGUCGAGCAUCUGCAAAAAACAAGGGCAGAAUGGCACGCUAUCUUGCAAAUAAGUGUUCAAUUGCAUCUCGUAUAGAUUGUUUUGCAGAGAGGGGCAGCACUGUUUUUGGGGAGAAACUGCGGGAACAAGUGGAGGAACGACUUGAAUUCUAUGACAAGGGUGUUGCGCCACGAAAAAACAUUGAUGUGAUGAAAUCUGCGAUUGAAAGUACUCAGAGAAAAGAUACGGAAAUGGAAGAAGUACAGCCUGAUGAAACCUCUGCAAAGAAAAGCAAGAAAAAGAAAUCAAAAACCGAUGAUGCUCCAGCUGCUGCUACAAAUGGAGAUGCACCGGAGGAAUCUAAAUCGGAGAAGAAAAAGAAGAAAAAAGAGAAACGGAAGAUGGAGGAAGAGAUGGAUCACGAAGAGGAGAAAACAAAUGGAGGAAACGAGGAUGAUGGAACAGCCAAGAAGAAGAAAAAGAAGAGUAAAGAUGAAGCAGCUACAGAUGAAACUAAGAAGAAGAAGAAGAAGACCCAAGAGUGAAUCUAAUCUCUAUUUGCUGAAAUUCAUAUAAUCAAAUGCUAGUAGUUGUUUUAUUUUGAAAAUUCUAUUAACUUCUAGGUUUUGGAAUCUAUUUGGCCGACGUUUCUGGUUGAA